UUACGCUCGUUCAGGAAGUUUUGCGACAGUGCUGGCUGAAUGACGUAAACCGUUCUCUUUCGGCUCUCCAUUGACAAGAGCCGGUUGCUGAGAGCGGGUUGGUGUGCGGCCUAGAAGAAAUCCGCUGCCAUCCGGGGGAGAGAACCGCGUAAACAGGUCUCUCAAAAUGGCGAAAUUUCAGGCGCCAGUGAUAAAUGACAAUCCUCUGGGCUGGGGACCCUGUGCCAUACCUGAUCAGUUCAAAGACAUGCCCUACCAACCCUUCAGCAAAGGAGACCGCCUGGGAAAGGUUGCAGACUGGACAGGGGCCACCUAUCAAGACAAGAGGUACACCAAUAAAUAUUCUUCACAGUUUGGCGGUGGCAGUCAGUAUGCCUAUUUCCAUGAGGAGGAUGAGACCAGCUUCCAGCUUGUGGACACCACUAAGAUGCAGAAAACUGCCUACCAGAGGAAUCGGCUGCGCUUUGCUCAGAGGAAUCUGCGCCGUGAUAAAGACAGGAGGAAUAUGCUCCAGUUCAACAUGCAGACGUUACCUAAGAGCGCUAAGCAGAAGGAGAGGGAUCGUUUGAGACUCCAGAAGAAAUUCCAAAAGCAGUUUGGUGUUCGCCAGAAGUGGGACCAAAAAUCUCAGCUCAAACCAAGGGAUUCCUCUGUUGAAGUCCGCAGUGACUGGGAAGUCAAGGAAGAAAUGGAUUUCCCCCGGCUGAUGAAAAUGCGAUACCUGGAAGUGUGUGACCCAGUAGACAUAGAGUGCUGCGGUGCCCUAGAGUUUUAUGACAAAGCCUUUGAUCGAAUCACCACAAGAAACGAGCGACCUUUGAAGAGCAUCAAGAGGAUCUUCCAUACCGUGACGACUACAGAUGAUCCUGUGAUCAGAAAGCUGGCAAAGACGCAAGGAAAUGUUUUUGCCACAGAUGCCAUCCUUGCCACCCUUAUGUGCUGCACCCGUUCUGUCAACUCUUGGGACAUUGUGGUUCAAAGAGUGGGAUCCAAAAUCUUCUUUGACAAGAGAGACAACUCUGACUUCGACCUGCUGACUGUCAGUGAAACGGCCAAUGAGCCGCCUCAGGAUGAAGUGAACUCCUUCAACUCUCCUAGAAACCUGGCCAUGGAGGCAACAUACAUCAACCACAACUUCUCCCAACAGUGUCUGCAAAUGGGCAAAGAAAAAUACAAAUUUCCAAAUCCAAACCCAUUCAUAGAAGAUGAUGUGGACAAAAAUGAAGUGGCCUCUGUAGCGUACAGAUACCGACGGUGGAAGUUGGGAGAUGACAUUGACCUGGUGGUGCGAUGUGAACAUGAUGGAGUGAUGACUGGUGCAAAUGCUGAGGUGUCAUUUAUAAAUGUCAAAACCCUGAACGAGUGGGAUUCCAGGCACUGUAAUGGUGUCGACUGGAGACAAAAGUUGGAUUCUCAGAGAGGAGCUGUGAUUGCCACUGAGCUGAAGAAUAACAGCUAUAAGCUGGCUAGAUGGACUUGUUGCGCUUUGCUGGCCGGUUCAGAGUACCUUAAACUGGGGUAUGUGUCCCGGUACCAUGCAAAGGAUUCGGCCCGUCAUGUUGUCCUUGGCACUCAACAGUUCAAACCCUGCGAAUUUGCCAACCAAAUUAACUUGAGCAUGGAGAAUGCCUGGGGCAUCUUGCGCUGUGUGAUAGACAUUUGUAUGAAGCUGGAUGAAGGCAAAUACUUGAUUCUGAAGGACCCCAACAAGCAAGUAAUUCGGAUAUACAGCCUGCCUGAUGGCACGUUCAGCUCUGAUGAGGAUGAAGAUGAUGACGAGGAAGAGGAGGAGGAAGCUGAAGAAGAAGAAAGCUAAAUGUCCGGAUGUGUCAGAGUUCCUCUUCAGAAUACGUCAUUCAUCACAGAUGCUUGAUAAGACCCAUUAUCAGAAACAAAAUAAAGAUUAUGCACAGACCAACA